AUGAUAUUGUGCAAUGUUCCAAUAACGCGACCUUCGUCAUUGCUAUGGCCACAGUACGGAGCUCGCGCCUCACACUUCCUAGCACGCCGGCUAACCACAGCGCAGGAAAUGUUCAUCCAGUACCUCGCCGAGCAGGGUCACAAUGUGGUCAAGUCCGAAAGGAAGCCGCGCAAGACUGUUCAAUACAAAGAUUUAGCUACGGCAGUUUCACACAUCGAUAACCUCGAGUUCCUUUCCGAUGUCAUUCCCAAGACUACGACAUACAAACAAUUCAAGGAGAAGAAGGCCAAGGAGGCAGCGAAACAGAUCGAGAUGGAAAAGGGUCAACGCACUCUCAAUGGAACCGGUGCUGGCCCCGGCAAUACGAAUGGUGCCACGGCUGAGAGCGCACCCCCUCAGACAGAAGCAAGUGCAUCGUCACCAAAUCUCCCUCGUACGCCUGUGGUCCCAGUAAGUGCGCUGAUCGUGGACCGGACGGUUGAGCCUGCGGUUCGGCAAGACACGGACGUAGAGAUGAAGGAUUAA